AUGCACUUCCUGGAGCCUGUCUCAAAAAGGCCCAGGUUGUUGGCUGACCACCCUGUUUGGCUUGCAGGGGGGCCCGGCUCGGGGAAGGGGACCCAGUGCGAAAGGAUCGUCCAGAAGUAUGGCUACACGCACCUGUCCACCGGCGACCUCUUGCGCGCAGAGGUCAGCUCCGGCUCGGACCGGGGGAAGAAGCUGUCGGCUAUCAUGGAGAAGGGAGAGCUGGUCCCUCUGGACACGGUUCUGGACAUGCUGAGGGACGCCAUGGUGGCCAAGGCGGGCGUCUCCAAGGGCUUCUUGAUUGACGGCUACCCCCGGGAGGUGAAACAGGGGGAAGAAUUCGAGAAGAAGGUAAAGGGCAGGAGCGGUUGGCUCUGGUGGGCAGGGAAGGAAGGGCUUCACCUUGGUGAUAGAGAAUGGGUGCGUUUCCUGGAGG